AUGGCCAGCAACAACAGUUCAGUUGACUCACAAGACUGGAGAGCAGAAUUCAUAGAAGCGAUGUACUCGGAUAAGUCGGUCUGGGCUCUAGUGUUGUAUCAGUGGGUGAUGGUCGUGAUCUUCGUGGCGGGCGUGUGCUUCAACCUGCUGUCGUGCGCGGCGCUGUGGCAGGCGUGGCGCGCGCGCGCCGUCGACUACUACCUCCUCAACCUGACCGCCGUGGACCUCGUCGCGGCCUUCGGCAUCCUCCUGGAACUCAACGGAUACUCCCACUCCCCGAACGACUUCGAAGGCCUGUGGGACGCGGUGUGCAAAGUGCACUACUUACUGUUGUUCACCUUAUUCAACACGGACAUUUUGACCGUAACCGCGCUCGCGAUCGAGCGAUACGUGGCCGUGUUUCAUCCGUUGCUGCUGAAUAAAAAUCCCGGGAGGAGAAUGAGGAAAAUUAUCUGCUCGAUUUGGUUGAUUGCGAUUCUUGAAUCUGUGCCGGAGAUGUGGACGGUGUGUGUGGUGCAAACGCAGAGAGUUUCCAUGUGUGUCUACGUUCCGACUUCGCAUGCCAAAGUGGCGAAUGUAGUGUUAAGUCUGGCGACGUUCGCGAUUCCGCUGGGCGCCAUGUGCCUGGCGUACGCGCGGCUGGCGGGCGCGGUGCGGCGCGCGCAAGCCAGUCAGGCAGCUGUCUUCAACCACCGCAAUAACAGCAGUAAAAUUAAUAAGCUUAUAAGUGAUAUUAUAUUCUUCAUAUAUACUUAA